AUGGAUCUGCUCACCUCGGUGGAUCCGACGUCGUCGUCGUCGUCGGACCCCUACCACCCGUCGUUCUUCGAGCUGGCGGCCUCGGACCAGCUGCGCGACCUCAUCAAGCCCGCCGCGCGCUACAUCCUCGCCGUCCUGGCCCAGCGCAACCCGCGCCACCUCAUCCGCAUCGUAAACCACUUUGACGAGGUGUACCACCUCGUCAUGCUCGGCGUGGAGCGCCACUACCUCUCGACCUGGGGCGCCUCGUUUGCCGAAAACUUCUACGGCCUCAAGCGACGACGCCGCCCCGCCCUCCAGACGACACGCGCGCAGAGCAGCAGCGCCAGCACCAGCGUCGCCAUCGCGCGCGCAGAGGCACUCACAAGGCGCGAGGUCAGGCUCUCGCUCCUCUUUGCCGUCGGCUUGCCCUACGUCCAGGCCAAGCUGCACGACUUUUGGGAGAGGAACGGUGGAGGCGUCGACGGUCUCGACGGCGACGAUGACGGCCUGUUUGGCGACGAGGGCCAGCCGGGCGGCAGAUCGAGGCUCAUGGAAGAGGCCCCAGCAUCGAGGCGCGAGCGGCUGCACCGCGCCCUCCUCCGCCUCUUCAAGACGUCGUACCCGUACGCAGGCGCACUCUACCAGCUCUGGCUGCUAUCGUACAACGUGGGCUACCUGUUUGACAAGACGCCCUACUGGCGCCCGUGGUUCUGGCUGAUGCGCGUCGACGUCCGCCGCAUGGGAGGCGGCGAUGGACCACGUCGACCGGUGCUGCCGAAACGCAUGCCGCCCCUCAGCCAACCGCUGCGCCUGCUCUCGACGCUGCUCCGUCUCUCGCCGCGCCUCGUCUUCGAGAGCCUCAAGUACGCGCUGCCUCUCUCGAUUUUCUUCUUCAAGUUCCUCGAAUGGUGGUACGGCGCCGACAACCCGCGCCGGCGUCGCGGUCGCGGUUCCGGAUCCGGCUCGGGCGCUGCGGGAGGAGACGGGGAUGGGUCGGGUUCGGGUCCACUCUUCGGCCCGCCCUCUGUUCUCCAACCGCAUCCGCGUGGCAUCCUCACGCACUGGUCCGACCGGAAGGAGGCUGGAAAGGCAUGGAAACACCCCAAGGUCGCUACGCACCUCGCCUCCUCCUCCUCCUCCGAGGACGGAGAGGAAGACGCACAACAGACGCCACCACCCCCCUACACACCCACCGCCACGACGACAGGGGAGGGAGGCCGCAAGCUGAUCCACAAUAGCUGUCCGCUCUGUGGCACCACGCCCAUCGCCAAUCCGGCCUUGCUGCCGAGCGGCUACGUCUUCUGCUACACGUGCGCCCACGACUACGUCGAGAGGCACGCCAGAUGUCCCGUCACGCUCGUGCCGAUCCACGAGGGCGUUGAUGGACUACGAAAGGUCCUCGGUUGA